AUGACAAUAGUAGCAGGAACAAAUAAUAUAACUGAAGUUCAAGAUGAUACUGAGAAAUUAUCAUUAGAAAAAGAUUCUACAGAAGAAAUUGAAGAUCAACAAGAACCCCAGAUAGAACUACAAGGAAGAUCUCAAGGAAGACCCUGA